AAUUCAGAUAUACGGGUAAAAUAUCAAAAUAAUUUAUCAUAAAAUCAGCGGCCGAAUUAAACUGCGCAUGCGCUGAGGCGGUUCAAUUCAAAAAUCAAGACGUUAGCCUGAGCGCGUAUUAUUUUUUUUUCUUGAAGUUCUGCGUCAUGGUUAAAAUGUUUGUUCACGAGUAACAGUGUUUCUCAAGAAGCAUAAAGGUUUCACAAGUAAUCCAUACGAGGUGAAAAUGGAGCCCUUGGACCCUGGCAAGAAUGAUGAAAACAGUGACUACUGUGGCAGCAGGCGCAUUUCUUCUAUUCUUAAAGCCCCACGGAAAUUAAUAUUCACAGAUGCAGAGGAACAGGAAAAUAUGGUUGGAUGUGCCAAACCAACUGAAAGAAGAAAUUCCAGAAGAGUUAGCUUUGCGCCAGCCAAUGAUGUACUCCUUUUUGACAAGGAUGUAAACGAUCCCUCCAAACUCCGAAGUCCAUUCCAAGAGUUAAUGUCUACAGCAGUCCUAGCAACAAAAAAUGGUGUUCAGAGGUCAAGUGAAGAUGGGUUUCAACAAAUAAUGGGCAUCGAAUCUCUCCUAACUGGACCUCUUCUUACUUCUGAAAUGAAUGGGAAAGGCACAUCUGUAUCUAACGUGGGCUUUGGAGAGGAAACAGUGAUCUAUUGUGAGGAUGAUGGCUUCAUGGAGAUGACCCAGAGUCACACGAUCAACAUUGCGAUUAAUGAAGGCUGCCUCGUAGAUUCUCCACAAAAAAAUAGAACCACCUUUGUUUUUGGUGGGAAGAAGACAGUGAUGGCUUCACCUAAUAGCAAAUCUUUGGAUAUGAGCCCAAGGUAUAACGCAAACGUCACAAGAGGGACAGAAGUGCCAGUUCCAGGAAGCGUCACAGAUUUUAAAGUUAUUUCAUCUCUUCCAAAUUUUGAUCCCUCUUGCAACAACAUGUUCUGUAGUCUUUCAGAAUCACAUGUCUCAAAUGUGAAAUUCUCCGAACCCUCAUUGCACACUAACAUGUCCCAGGUUAAAACCCCAAACCAAGACGGGAAUAAAGAAAAUCAAACUCCAUCUUCACUUUAUUCUGAAAUGGGUAAAUUAGUCAAUAAAGCCAGAAAUAUUGGACUCUAUCAAGACAUGGAUUUAACAGCUACCCACACAAGCCCCAUUGCAGAAUUGACAGGUGAUGCCGAUGAUCCUUUCCAGUGUCUUUUUCCCACACAAGAAAUGUAUUCCCAGUCUGAUAGUACGUUACAAGCAAUGGACAACACAAAGAGCCUCCAAAGGCAAACCAGCAUGGCAGCAGGAUCAUACAACCCCAAAGUGGCAUUUGGAAACAGGAUUGAGAAGGGAAAUGCUGAAGAAGAAACUUUUCAGAUGACUGACAGACAUCAUUUAAAGAAACAGCCUUUUCAUGCACUUCAACGACAAAGGAUUAAUUCUAAGACUCAAGAGGACUGUAGGGAGCAAGCAGUGAGAUUUACAGGUGGCAAUGCUCACUUGGAUGUGACUGGUAGUCAUUCUGUAAACACAACUAGUACUUUUACAACACAAUCAAAGGAAAUUCUGAACAGCCUUACUGUAAACAUUGGUACCCCUUUUCAAAUAGGAGAACAAAACAUUGUCAACUCUGUGCCUGCUGGAGGACAAAAAAACAUCAGGUUUUCAGCAAAUGAUGCUGUGAUGGAUAUACCCACAGUUACUCCAAUAAUUGAUACUCCUUUUGAACCAGGAAGCCAACACAUUACUAACUUCCUACCUGCUGGAGGAGAAAAAAACAGGAUUUCAAAAAAUGAGACUGUGAUGGAUUUAACACAAAACGUUACUGCAAACAUUGCUACACAUUUGGAACCAGGAGCACACCAGAAUAGUAACUCCAAACCCCCAGAAGAAGACAAAGCUAUUACGUUUUCUGGAAAUGACACAGCGAUGGAUAUAACACAAACUGUUACUCCAAUAAUUGAUAUUCCUUUUGAACCCGGAACACGCCUCAAUACUAGCUUUGUACCUGCUGGACGGGAAAACAUCAGGUUUUCAGCAAAUGACACAGCGAUGGAUUUAACGGAUAACCUCAUUGCAAACAUUGCUACAUAUUUUAAACCAGGUGCAUACCAGAAUAGUAACAUACACCUUGAAAGAGGCAAAACUAUUGGGUUUUGUCCAAAUGACCGAGUAAUGACUAUGACACAAAACCUCACUGGAAUAAUUGAUGCUCCCUUUGAACCAGGAGCACAGAAAGAUGUCCACUUUCUACCCGGUGGAGGAGAGAAAACCAUAAGAUUUUCAGCAAAUGACGCAGCAAUGGAUGUGACGCAAAACCUUACUGCAAUAAAUGAUACACUCUUUAAACAAGGUCAAAAUCACAAUAUGAAGUAUGUACAUGCUGGAAGAGAGAAAAAUGGUUUGUCAACAAAUAGCACAGUAAUGGAUCUGACAGGGAACCUCACAGCAAGCACUGCUACAAAUUUGGAACCAGAUCUACAUCCGAAUGCUAACACCAUACCUCCUGGAAGAGAGAACUCUAUUUGCUUUUCUGACAACGGUGCAGUGAUGGAUACGAGGCAAAGUAUUGCUUCAAAAAUUCAUACUCCCUUUAAACCAGGAGCACACAAAAAUGUCCGAUCUGUACCCCCUGGGGGAGAGAAAACAAUCUUGUUUUCAGAAAAUGAUGCCGCAAUGGAUAUUACACAAAACCCUACUGCAAUCAUUUAUACUCCCUUUGAAUUAGGAGUAAACCACAUGACUAAUUUUGUAUCGGCUGGAAGAGAUAAAACUAUCAGGUUUUCGACAAAUGACGUAGCAAUGGAUGUUGCUCAAAAUGGACAUGGAAACGUUGCUACACAUAUGGAACCAUAUGCACACCAGAAUAGUAACUUCGUACUAGCUACAGGAGAAAAAACUAUUAGGUUUUUAGAAAAAGAUGCAGCAAUGGAUCUGACAGGGACCCUCACCACAAACAUUGCUUCAUAUCAACCAGCAGCCCACCAAAAUGUCGACUUUGCACUUGAUGGAGGAGUGAAAGCACUGAAGCAAAGCCUCCCCACAAACAAUGAUUCACAUUUGGAACAAGGAGUACCCCAAAAUCAGCCAAUUGGGGGAGAGAAUAUCAUUAGUUUUUCAACAAGGAAAACUCCAAUAGAUGUGACACAAAGUCUCACCAUGAAAAUUGAUGCACCUUUUGAAGUACGAGCACACCAGUAUCCUCACUUUGUACUUGCUGGAGAAGAGAGAAUACAGAAGUUUCCAGCAAAAGAUGCAACUAUGGGUGUGGAGCAACGCCUCCCAAAAAACAUUGAUUCGGAUUUGGAACCAGGACCACACCACAAUGAACCUACCAAUGAACUAGGUACAAACCAGAAUGUUAACUUUAUACCUACAGUGAGAGCGAAUGGUAUGAGAGUUUCAGUAAAUGAUGCUGCUAAUGAAGUGACAAAAAGUAAUCCUCCACUUGAACCAGCAACACACCAGAAUGUUAACUUUCGACCUGCUGGAGAAGGGAAAUUGCAGAGGUUUUCAGCAAACGACUCUGCUGUGGAUGCAACGCAAAGCAUCCCUGCAAACAUUGAUACAGAUUUGGAAGGAGGAGCAUGCCACAAUGAUCUUACCAGUAAAUCAGCUACACACCAAAAUUUUAACAUCUUACCUGCAGUUCCAGAGACUUCUGUGAGAUUUCGAGUCAACGAUGCUGCUUUGGAAUUGCCAGAAAGUCAUGCUACAAACACGACUUGUUUUAAGCCACAGACUCAACAAAAUGAAGAGUGUUUUACUUUUGGAGAAGAGAAGUCCAUAAAGUUGAAUACAAAUGAUGCACCUGUAGAUGUAACACAAUGUCACACUGUAAACAUUGCCGUUAGGUCACUAUCCAAUGGCGUUCCUCAAGCUAAGAAACAAGAAGAGCUGUGUGGUGUGCCAAAAAAUACAUCUUUAUUAGUUCCUGGUUUAAAUCCAGAACAAAAUAUCUUUUGUAAUGCAGGUUUCGCUUCAACUUAUCCCAUGAUCAUGAAAGCAGGCCCUCCAGCAGAACCAUAUGUUGGAGAAUCUGAUAACAAAAAUCAAUUAAUCCCAGUGCAGGCAAAAACUUUGUAUGUGGAUAAUCAGUACAAAGUUGCAGAAAUGAAAGCUGUUUAUGAUAGUCCUUUAAGUAAGGUGAAGAACAAGGAUGGCUCUUCACAAGUAGCAGAGACUGAUAAAAACAUCAACCUGAGAGAGAUUCAAACAAGCUUUAUUGUUGGAGACGGUUGCUCAGGUGAACCCAGUCAAUGUGAGUCCUCCACACAACAGCCAUAUGCUGUUGUUCAAGAGAGCAGAGGGAUGACUUCACAGCAAACCCAUGAAGCGCUGGAACUAUCUACCCAAGGUGUAGUGGAACGUCCAGAUGCCCUCGACUCGAAAGAAACUCUGAGAAGCAAUGAAGCUCAUUUGAGAAAUAAUACCAGCCCUUUGUCACAGAAGUUAAAUUUACCUAAUGCCGGUGACAUUUGCAGUAGUUCGAGUCCUUCCACGCAGUCCAGACGAGUAAGUUUAGCUAAUCUUCAGUUAAAACUGAAGCGUUUGAGCUGCAUUACAAGCAAACCCUCUGAGAUUACUGACAAAGAGAGCUGCACUGCACCUUUGCCUUAUUUGGAUGCUGACAAAAAUACAAAAGCUGACAAAAACGAUUUGGUCCCUGAAGUUGUGCCCGAUGUUAAAACAGACUUUGAAAACAUUGAGGAUGAUGAUACACAAAAUGGUCUGCAAGACUACACACCAACUGUUUUCCAAUUUAAAACAACAGAGCUUAUGUCAAGACUGUCAAUAACAGGUUUUAAGCCAAAGAUCCCACAAAGAAGCCCACCUGACGAACUAAAGAAGGCAAAUUCGAGCUAUGCCAAUUCCCAGGAAAAAUCCGUGUGUAUGACAAGAACUGAAAAUAUUAUGAGUAAAUUGAAGAACUGGAGUGAUGAUGGGAGUGAUAUUAAUGAUGAAGUUUUCUAUGAUGGUGGCGAAGAUUUAUCAGAAACACUGGACACAGAACGUACCCACGACCUCUUUGAAAACAUAUGUUUUGAAGAUUUCAACAUAGAUGAAACCUUACUAGAUAAGGUUUUUCAAGAAAAGAAACCAAAUGGUAUCCAAGGAAUAAAAAGACCCUUACCAUCAGAGGAAAACAAUGCAGAGCACAAAAAGAAAAUGAAAGCUUCCAGUCAGGUGGUCCCUGAGCCUGUUGAAAUGGGAGCACUGGGUCAUGUUCUGGAAAAUGAUCGCGAGAACAAUACUACAGUUCCAACAUCGUCAAAUCAGGCCAUGGAUUCCUCCAACAGUACUCACACAGACAGCAGCCGAUAUGACCCUCCAUUUAAUUCUAAUUUUAAACAGAGCAUGUUGGAAUCCCAGCUUGAAGACUGUGAUCUACAGAAAUUACACGAUGGCAGUAUAACAAUGCUAGAGUUCUUUAAACUCUUCAACAUAGACUUUGUGAUCCAUAAGCCCCGCCAAAGCGUCAUUCCCAGCAGGCUCCCAUUCAACACUGAUCACUCACCAAUGGAUGUAUUGAGAGACAGACUUAUAAAUCGUCCUAAAGAAAAGGUCUAUGAAUCUGAUUUUGAGAUCCUCUCUGGAAAGGUUGAAGGGUUGAAUUGCAGAAUGUCGGACUUAAGCAAACCUCUGAAGAUACUCAAUAAAUGUCUGUGGGAAGAGUUGAAAGAAUGGUCAGGAAAGGAGAUGACAUCUUUUGGUGUAAAAUUAAAAGAAACAAACAAUUUCUUCAGAAAGAUGAACAAAGUCCACUCACAUGAAAUGAAGGAGGUCCUAUACUCGGAUCUUGUGCAAUCUGUUACGGACAGGCAACAAAAGUUGAGAAGUACAGUUGAUGUGUCUAAUGAUAUGAUCAAAACUCUGGAUGACUGUAUUUGUGAUUUGGAAGCAGAACUUGCCGCAUUUGAAGAAAAAGGAAAUGAAAACAAGCCAAGUCUGAAGUCACUCCAGGAAGAAGAGAAGAAGGUCAAUGAGAUUGUAGAGGAUAAAAAACGACAAAUAUAUGAGCUGGAGGUUCAGUCGGCGCAAACCUCAAGACAAUUAAGCAGGCUGAAAGUUGAGACAAACAACCUUCAGAGUCACAUUGUUAUCCUCAAUAAAAUCCAUGAAUGGCGAUUUAAAGAAAAGACAGGCAACUACACAGUCUACUCCUUUCUCAAUGACACAUUGCAUCUAGAGCUACAGUACAAAGGAAAUAGUGCUGAUAAGAAUCCUGACCAGGACAUUUCACACAUCAAUUUCACAUUUCUUCUUGAUGAGGAGAAGUCACAGAGUCACGCCUGUAUAGUUCACAAGCUGCUCUCUCAGUACAUUGAGGGUGAGAGAGCCUGGUUGGAGAAAUACACAACAAGCAGACAGGUUCCAAAGCUGCUCCAUGAUGUGUCUUUGGUGGUGAGUCACUGUCGUCUCUUUGGGGAGGAGUUACGAGUGCUGAAAAUGUGCGGAGGGUUACGGCUCAAUAUUCUGGAGAUCAGCUGUGUGGACACUCAAGUAAAUAUUGUCUUCAGCAGUCUGAGGAGAUACUCCAAGUUUGAGGUCACGUUGUCAGUUAGCUUGGCCAAUCACCUUUAUGAUCUCCAAGUGCUUGGCUUCAAAAACUUCAUUGGAAACACAACGAGCCACCAGAUCAAACAGAUUGUGGAAUCGUUUACUCCUGGCAAGAAGCUCUUAACAAAGAUUCUCAAAAAGAUCAACUGUGAUCUCCUUUGUUGAGAUUUAUGCAACAUAUUGAUUUCUCCUCUAGAGGAGUCACUUUGUAGUUUCCGCAGCCACCUGGAGAUGGCGACUACUUCUUAGUUUUGUGAGCAAAAUGACUGUUCUGAACAAUGCCGUUUUUUUUUCCUUUGUCAGUUCAUUCAUCCACCCAUCCAUUCAUUUUCUUUAUCUUUUGACAAUGCUAUGUGUUGAGGUGGUUGAUUAGAACACAUUUUUCAAUCACUUUUUCCCCAGUUGUUGUCAUUACCUCGUUUAGGGUGCUUAUGGAUGGUUAAUGCAUUCUUGUGUUGGCAUGCAUUUAGAAAAAAAAGUUUUACUGUAAAAUAUUUUACACCACUUGUUAGUUAGCCUUAAGGUGGUGCUGUGUUUUUUUUUAAAGCGUUGAUAUAAAUGUAAAUUAUUAUUAAAGUUGAUUUUAUGUAAAUGUGUGGAAUUUUAAAAA